AUGGACGACGAAGACGGCGGCAUCCUCAACAUCGAAUUAUCAGACGACGAAGUCGACGUCGUCAAGAAGAAAGCCGACAGGACCGGCCAGACAGAGGAGGACUUUCAGGCCGUGAAGCGGGACUACCGUGUCAGGGUCGAGAAUGGAGAGAUACAUAAGCAUAUUACGCUUCCUCUUCAGCCAGGUACCAACAAGAUGCGCACCCAGGAACUGAUCCAUGCUGUUGAGGAGCUCUAUUUCUUCCAGCGGUACCAAGAAGGUGUUGACUUGAUUAAACGGGCUUUUGAGAAUGGUGGCGCGGACGCUCUUGAUAAUGACUCACGGCAGUUACUGGAGUCUUAUGAGAAGAGGUGUCAACAACGGAUAGCUGGAUCUACUGCAACGAAGAAGGGCUGA